AUGUGUGAGUUCUCUGUAGACGUGUGACACGGGAUUGCUGGGUGUGAACGGGCCUGUUUCUGCGGGAAAAUUGGAUUUGCAAAUUCGUCUUCCGGCUCCGAGGACGUGGGUUCGCGCGGGGCGUCACAUCACCCCCGGCAGAUACGCCCCGAUAUCUCGCCUCUGGGACGCGUUAGGCCCUCUUCUGCCUCUGUUGCCCCACGGAGAGAUGGCCAAUAACAAGCUAAGAUGUCAGUUUUCGUUGCUGGCGAGGACUCCGAAACAGUGCCACAGACUAGGUGUCGCAAGAAGUAUGAGACAAAAUAUAGUACUAAAUAUGAAGCUGAAUACAUAUGGGUCAGCCCAUCGUCAAAGGGUGACACAUACGCCCUCUGUCGCUGGUGCCAGGUGGACAUAUGCAUUAAGUCUGUGGGAGCGAAAGGCUUGCGAGACCAUGAGAUAACAGGACGGCAUAAGCAGAAAGCAAGUGAUCAGCCCCUGCCUCCUCCAGCUUCCAGUACACAUUUGAAUAAUGCUGUAUACCCAGUGCUAGAAGUGGAAGGAGGCGUGGAGCAGCAGGGUGGAGAGCCUCUAGGUUCUCCAAGACCUGUGACGCCACAGACACCAAACACUCCCCUCAGCCCACAGGGAGAGGACCUUCCUCAUCACCAGCCGACACUAAUUGAUCUCGGAAAUCAACUUCCUGCUACAACAGCUUCGGUUACUACAGGAAUUCCACCUCCCCGUUCAACCGCUGUACAACCAAAAGUUGUUGAUGAAUCUCUAGUGAUAGAAUAUGACGAGCCAGACACAUGCGAUACCAAUGAUUCAGCAGUAGAAAAGGUUUCAAAUGGAACUACAAUUAAAAGGGAAACAGAUGAAAAAUUUCCAGCAAGCACAGAUGAUCUCACGUGUAAUGUGUGUGGCCGGGAAUACACACAGUGGACGCAGCUUAAGAAACACUUGUUGGAACAUAUUCUUAUUGCACAGAACUCUGCAGAAAACAAGCAGAAGGGUAGUGGGAAGAGUCGUGCCAGACCAGCCAGCGGGAGGAAUGCAAAAGCAAGCAAAGGAGGAAGCCAGCAAGGAACAGGGAAUCACAAGCAGGAAAGUGCAGCUGAAGAAACUGCAGUUAAAAGACGUGGGCGACCUCCAGGCAGCAGGAACAAAGGUCGUUCCUCAGGAACAAACACAGGAGCCAGCCAACAGACUCAGAGGAGAACUUCACGUCAGCGCUCAAACCCUAAGAGCACUGCAGCACAAGAAGCAGCUGUUGAUGACCCCCUUUUCAUUGACUCUGAAGCCUGCGAUGCAGAGGCCAAUGGCACAAAUACAACACAGAAUGAGAAUGAUGGGGAAAAUUAUGAAGAAGAGGAUGAAGAUGGAAGUGAGGAGGAAUGUGGCGAGAAUGCAGGAGGUGAGGAAGAUGGAGAAGGGUCUGGGAAGCGGAGGCCUGGCCCACUGCAGUGCCGUGUGUGUCGUGUCAUAUUUUUUAACAGAGGUGAACUAAGGGAGCACCAGCGUUCGGAGCACAACAAUGGGAGGCCGUACCAGUGCACUCAGUGCCAAAAGUUCUUCACUACAAAAAACCACAUGGAAGUCCAUAUGCGGCACAAACACACAACUGGUCCUAAUCCAUGCCAGUGUGUGAUGUGUGGGAAGGUCUUGUCUUCACGCACCAACUUACGGAUACACAUGAGAAUUCACAAAGGAGAGAGGCCAUUUGAGUGUCCUAUGUGCCACAAGGCUUUCAGUCGGAAAGCAAAUAUGGAAAUGCACGUCGUCUACCAUACAGGAGAGAGAAGAUUUACAUGUGAGAUCUGUGGCCAGUCCUUCUUUGCAAUCAACGCUCUCAAGAGACAUACAAAACUUCAUACAGGAGAGAGAGAUUAUGCUUGUGAUAUAUGUGGAGCUACAUAUGUAACAGGCACUGAUCUUCGAAGGCACAGACUGAAGCAUGAUGAAGUGAAGCCAUACCCUUGUCAGCUGUGUGACAAACAAUUCACUCGCUCUCAUGAUCUCAAGGUUCAUUUACGAUACCAUAACAAGGAACUACGUUACACAUGUGAUGUUUGUAACAAGCAAUUUGUUGAAUCUGGAAACUACAAGCGUCAUAUGAGACGACACACGGGGGAGAGACCUUAUAGUUGUGGCAUUUGUCUUCUUACUUUUUCACAGGUACAUCACCUGAAAACUCACAUGAGAACCAACCACAGUGAGGAGACAGGUGCAGGAGAGGAGACAGGUCAAGGGGCAAAUGGAGGCCGUGGAAGACCACCACCUCACCGCAAUCCCCGUUUGCCAUCCAGGCGCACCCCCAAGCCCCCACAGAUGCAUCAAGCACCUGUGGGUCCCUCCCACACCCACCAGCACUCCCACAACCACCCACACCUGGCACCACACUCCCACGGAGUUACACCGAGUGGGAGUGGUGUCGCUCUCCACACAGGUCAGACGGUUUCCCCUCCAGUUGCUCACUCAGGUACAGUCGCGAGCACUGUGGCACCCACACACACCACCCAGAUCCCAACCUCAGGAGGUGUCAAUCACCCAGCAGCCAUGACAGGUUUCCUUCACCAAUAUAACUCCCAUCUUUACAACCACAGUGUUAUGCCUCACUACCCUCCUCUGUUUGAUAUGUGUCCCCAGCAAAACUGUGUUAAUCACCUUCCAACUCAUUGAUUGCUUUGUUGCACUUGAGUGUCUUUAGUUUUUCAGCACUUCAGAAAAUUUUUUUGAGAUUUGCACUAUGAUCUUUUCAUACAGAUUUAUACAACUUGUUUAAAUCUUUAAUAAUAAUAUAGUCCUCAUAAAGUGGCAUUAUUAUUAUUUUUUUUUUUGCGUGCGUGCGUGUGUGUGGGUGUGGGUGUGUGUGUUUGUGCGUGCGUGCAUGUGUGUGUGUUUGUGUGUGUGUGUGUUUGUGUGUGUGUGUAUUUGUGUGUGUGUGUAUUUGUGUGUGUGUGUAUUUGUGUGUGUGUGUGUAUGUGUGUGUGUGUGUGUAUGUGUGUGUGUGUGUGUGUGUGUGUGUGUGUGUGUGUGUGUGGGUGUGUGUUUUUGUCUCUGUCAGAUAGCGUAUCAUUCAUUUCCAAGACAUAUCAUAUACUGUGUUUGAAAAUAAUUCAGGUAUACAUUUUUUUUUUAAGAAAAGAAGAGAAAUUGUAAUAUGCUGCGUAAGAUGUACUUUUAUUUAUUCUUUGUUUCUAAGGGUUUGCUUAACCAGAUUCCUCUGUUGAUAAUAUAACAAUACUGUAGAAAUGUGGUCAGUUAGACAAUAGUUGUUGGAAAAGACAAAAACGAGAAUGGAUAGCCUUACAAUGCAUAAGUAACUGACAUACAUCGGUUAAAUUUUCAUCAGAAUUACAUGUAAUUCAGAAGAAGAUUUACUCAAACUAUAUCAAGUUGUUUGUUCUCAUUUAUACCUUGUUUCAUAUGCAUCACAGUGAACCUUGUUAAACCAUAGAUAGCUAUACUGAAAAUUCAUGGUGCCAUCUUAUAUUUUGGACAAGAUCCUUGUAAAUUUUGACUUUGUUUUUCGAGUAGGAUAAAUCUUAAAUAAAACACGUAGAGGAGGGUCUUCCCUUUAACAGAAUUUUUGUGAGAAUACGGAUGGUGACUAAGUGCCUUUUGAUUUUUUGUGACUAGAUAAGAUUGUUAUCAAGAAAAUAUGCAUUGUCAAAUAAUGUGUAUUUUAUCAUGCAAUAUGACUGAAAGCAUUUUGAUUUUUGAAAUCACCAAAAAAAUCUAUUUAGGUUUGGUUAUUAGCAAAAAAAUAUAAUUUUUUUUUUAUAAAUUUCAAAAACACAAAUGUCAUCCCUGCAUAAACAGUUUUUUACUGUCUCCAAUCAGCUUGUGUAUAAGUACAGUCUGUGUUCAUAUUGUGUUCAUUCAUACCAAGUAUGCAAGGAAGAGAAAUUAGUUCAUCAAGAUUGUGUUCGUGGUUCUUCCAGUCGAUGAAUGAGAGUUGCCGAAACUACCCAGUGAGAUAUGUAUACGAACGUACUAACUUUGUCCAUAUUCUGUAACAUAAAAUAAAUGUUUGUUUGCUGUUAAUGAAAUUGAUAUUUGACUGUUGCUGCUCAUUGAAAGUUACAGCUGUCUAGAAUUUUUCUAAAUUUGCAAUUUAUUCCUGCAUAUGUGAUUUUUUUUUUUUAUCUCUCUCUUUCUAUAUUGUUUUCUCUCUCUAGAAUAUUUCAUUUGAUAUCUGAAAUGAUAUAGAAUGUAAUAUAUCAGUUUCAAGAACAAAGAAAUGAGUUAUACCUAUAGAUUUGGAUUAUUUUUAUAAGAUUAGAGUAACUGAAAUAAUGUGGCAAGAGAGAGGGAGCUAAGUACUUACCAGUGAUAAUGUUGUGCCAAAUAACAAUAUUUGUAUGUUAUGCAAAAAAAGGAAAGAAAAAAGACAAAAGUUUCAUAUACCAUAUUUUGUGUGUGUAAUUUUAGUUAUGACCGAUAUCAUUUCUGAUCCUAAACUGCAUAAAAAAGAUGUAUAUUUUCUCUAUGAUUUCCCUUCCAGAUAUUCAGGGUAUUAUGUUGUUUAAGUACCUUAUUAAAUAUUAGAAAUGUCUUUUUAUACAGAUAUGUAUAAACUAACAGUGACCUUCUACAAAAUGUCACUCUUUAAAACUGAUUAUACUGUGUAUUCAUCAACAGUAAAAAAAACAUAUUGUGAAAAUAAUAAAUGGUUUCUGUUUAAGGGGUUCUAUGAUUAUUGAUGCUGUUGCCAGCAAGUGAUCUGUAUAAAGUUGUAUUAUGAGUAAUAUUUUCUCCAGCUUAUAUCCUUGUAAAUGUUUGUCAGUUUCACAUGCUCAAAUGUCAUUAUUCAGCCCUCUCAGCCCAUUUUUUGGCAACAAGCCUUGCAAGGAUUUAAGAAUGGAAUUUGAUUAUCAUUAAUUUAAUUUAAUUGUUCUGUAGCAUAUUAUUACUCACAGUUUUGUUAAUCAAGCAUGUAAAAUCAUUAAAUUAAUUAAUAAA